AGCCCCCGGUGCCCAUCGCUCCCCCCCAGCUCACAGCGGUCGGCGCCACCUACCUGUGGAUCCAACUUAAUGCUAACUCCAUCAACGGAGACGGCCCAAUCAUCGACCGAGAGGUGGAGUACCGAACGGUAUCAGGGACCAUGUAUGACCUGCAGCCAGUGGACAAAACCACUCAUAAGAUAGGUCACCUGACCCCAGACACAGACUAUGAGAUCAGUGUGCUGUUGACCAGGCCCCUGGAUGGAGGGACUGGGGCACCCGGGCCUCCUCUCAGGGCCAGGACCAAGUGUGCUGAGCCAAUCCACGGUCCCAGUCAACUAGAAGUCGUUGACGUCCAAUCUAAACAAGUCACUGUUCGCUGGGAACCGUUUGGCUACAACGUGACGCGUUGUCAUAGCUACAACCUGACGGUGCAGUACCGGUCCCGAGUGGCGGGGAAGGACGAGACCCGGGAGGAGGUGUGUUACGACACCCUGGGUCGCGACCCCCAGCACACCAUCCACAACCUGACCCCCUACACCAACCUGUCAGUUAAACUGGUCCUCAAGAACCCAGAGGGGGUCAAAGAGAGCACAGAGAUGGAGGUACAGACGGAUGAAGAUGUACCUGGAGCGGUCCCUCUGGAGUCCAUCCAGGGCAGUGCUUAUGAAGAGAAGAUGAUCCUGAAAUGGAGAGAACCAGCCCAGACCUACGGAAUCAUCACUCAGUACGAGAUCUCCUACAAGACGGUGAGCUCCUUUGACCCAGAGCUGGAUCUCUCCAACCAGAGUGGGAAGGUCCUGAAACACAGCAAUGAGACCAGCCACAUCUUCCUGGGGCUGUACCCAGGAUCCACGUACUCGUUCACCCUCCGAGCCUCCACCGCCAAGGGAUAUGGUCCACCAGUCAUCACACAGUUCACCACCAAGAUAUCAGCUCCCUCCAUGCCAGCCUAUGACCAGGAGACAUCUCUGAACCAGACAGACAGCACAGUGACUGUCCUGCUGAAACCGGCACAGAGCCGAGGGGCGCCUGUCAGUGGGUACCAGGUGGUGGUAGAAGAGGAGAGGCCUCGGAGGGCGAGGAGGGGUGCGGUUGAGAUUCUCCGCUGUUACCCUGUCCCCAUCCACUUCCAGAACUCCACAGUCCUCAACUCCGGGUACUACUUCACAGCUGAGUUCCCCGCCGUGGGGCUACAGGCUACUCAACCCUUCACUGUGGGAGACAACAAGACCUACGGUGGAUACUGGAACGCCCCCCUACUGCCACAGAAGAGCUACAGCAUCUACUACCAGGCUGUCAGCACGGCUAACGGGGAGACCAAGAUGGACUGUGUCCGCAUCGCCACUAAAGCUGCCAUACUGGUGACCCAGCUAACUACUCCGUACCUCCGCAUCGUACCAGCGGCUGGUGACGACCAACUAACAGGAGCGGCCACCCGUAAGCCUGACGCGGUAGAGCCAGAGAAACAGACUGACCACACAGUGAAGAUAGCCGGAGUCAUCGCUGGCAUCCUCCUCUUCGUCAUUAUCUUCCUCGGAGUCGUCCUCCUCAUGAAGAAAAGGAAGCUGGCUAAGAAGCGUAAAGAGACGUUGAGCAGUACACGACAGGAGAUGACAGUGAUGGUUAACUCUAUGGAUAAGAGUUACACGGAGCAGGGGACAAACUGUGACGAGGCCUUGUCCUUCAUGGACACACACAGCCACACGCUCAACACCAGGACUGCAUCGUCCCCCUCCUCCUUCACCCUGAAUAAGUCUAAUACUCUCAGCACAACGCUUCUCAAGUCCUACUACCCAGAUCCCUUUGUGCCAACUGCUAUCUUAGUGCCCAUAAAUGACGAGAGCCAGACGAUGGGUGGUGGUGGUAGUAGCUGCAGUGACACCAGUAGCCUGGUCCAGUCUCACGGCCACUCCCUGAGAAAGAGAGAGGGGACAGUAGACGCGCCCUACCAGACAGGCCAGCUCCACCCUGCUAUCCGAGUAGCCGACCUGCUGCAGCACAUCACACAGAUGAAGUGUGCGGAGGGAUACGGAUUCAAGGAGGAGUAUGAG